AUGACUGCACCAGACUAUGCCCUCAUUUCCCCCGCCACCGCAUGGGUUAAUCCGAUUCCACCAGCACCCACAUUCACCGUCCCACCAAACACCAAUGGACUUACUGAACGCAAUCUCCAAGACCAAUACAAACAACAGUGCAACCUCUUCCAGACCCAGCAUAAUGUGUCCCAAACACUCAAAAAGCUCAUCGACGACGCGGUCCCCAACGAAUACCUGGACGAAAUCCGGCAGCCAUAUCUCAACCUAUUGCCAAUCAGCAUCCCCGACAUCUUUGCCCACCUAUAUCAGCAACCAUCCAGCAAUGUCACCCUUGAAGCUGUUGAGGAGCGACGUCUAUCCGUGGAAAAACAGAAAUAUUCCCUUGAUGAAGAACUCACCACAUAUUUUAAACGACUCCAAGACUAUCAGACAUUUGCUGCCCAAGGAGGCGAGGAGGUAACUGCCAACAACCUCAUGAAUAUCGUCGUCCGUCACAUCCGCGCCACUGGACAUUUCAACCAGGACUGCCAAGAUUGGAAUGCCAGACCCGCCGGCAAUAAAACGUGA